AUGUGCCCUCUCUUCCCGGAGCCUGUGCCCCUCAAACACCCCAUCCCAUCGCUGAGGGAGGCCUUAGAAAAGAUAGAUCUACUCCUGAGGUCCAGCGUUCACCCCACCAAGUUGCCAGCUAUUUCAGCCAUCGUGGUUUUAAAUGACUCUGUUCUGUGGAAUGGAAACUUUGGUCAGAAGAACAGAAGUGAUCCCUCCUCUCCUGCACCCAAUGAGUUCACCGUGUACAGAAUAGCGAGCCUCUCUAAGAUCUUCCCCACACUGAUGCUGUACAAGCUGUGGGAGGACGGCCUGGUGGGCUCUCUGGACGACCCGGUGGAGAAGUAUGCUCAAAACUUCAGCAUCAAGGACCCUCUGUGGAGUGGUGGGGGGCCAGCGUCAACCUCACUUAGGACCAUUGGCAUCAACUCUCCUGCACUCUCCCUGCGCAGGAUGGCCAGUCAGCUCUCUGGGUUACCCAGAAGAUUAAGGUCCACUAAUCUUCUUUGGAAUGGAGACACAGAAGCAGCUCUUGGUCUGUUACGGGAUGAUGUCCUCGUGGCAGAUCCCGGCACCAAAUGCCACUACAGCAACGUUGCUUUUUCCUUACUGGCCAACAUCUUGGCCCAGAAGGUGGCGGGCUCAAACUUUGAGAGAUGGGUGUCAGACAACAUUCUGGAGCGGCUCGGCAUGGAGGACACUUGGUUCAAUUUAAGUCCAGCGGUUCAGAGGCGGAUGGCUGUGGGGGUGUACAGCAACGGCGAGCCAGCCCCCCUCUUCAAUCUGGGCUGGUACCGAGCUGCGGGCCAGAUGUUUUCCACAGCUGCUGACAUGGCCAAGCUUAUGAUGGCUCUUCUGGGCGCAACCGGUGGGACUCUGCUCCGUCAGGAGACCCUGAACACCAUGCUGACCCCGGUACUACGCUGCCACAGCGGCUACUUCGCCAACUCCACCGGCACCCCGUGGGAGAUCAAUGAGCAGCGGGGCUACGAUGUGGUGAGGAAAGAUGGGGACCUGGACGGUUACGCGGCCACCCUCUCCCUGGUGCCACAGCUCAAACUGGGGAUGGUGGUUCUGAUGUCCGGCGUGCGGCCUGCAGGGCCGGAGCUUCUGAGCCAGGCCUACAGCCAGCUCAUUCCUGCAGUGGAGAGGGCGUUCAGGGACGCUCCAAAAAGGUUAAGACCACCGCCCAGCCCAGCUCCAUAUGUGGGCUUUUUCACUUACAGGAAUAUGACUUUCUAUGAGAUAAAGGUGGACUCAGACGGGGUCCUGGUCAUGCAGCAAUUUGGACCACAGGUUGACACAUCUGUGCCGUCCAAGUACAGAACUAUUCGUCUGGAUUACCUGCAGGAUAGGGUGUUCAGGGUGGUGUUUGAGAGCCCGUACCCCUGCAAGCUGAAGGUGAACAGCGCGUCUGUCUCGCUGGAGGCUCAGGACAGACAGCUCUUCAACUUUUACCUUUUCAACAAGAAAGGUGUGUCGCCAGGGUUUGAUUCCCCAGGACUUAACACUUACAGGGUGACCAGGAUAGCCGGCAGACCAUUCUUCACUACAUAA